UGACAGAUGUUCGGCUUUCACCGUCGAGAGGGCGCUUCCUUUUUUUUUUUAUAGUCUGAUUUUCCUCUUCGGCUGACACAGGAAGUGGCUCUCGUUGUCUUGGAAGAGAUUCAUGUAGACGCCGGAAGAGAAGGCCGGGGCCAACGGCGAGGGUCCAAGAUGGCGGAGGUGGAGGAGGUAACCGAAGGCUGCCGUCUCCCUGUGCUGCGCCGUAACCAAGACAAUGAGGACGAGUGGCCACUGGCUGAAAUCCUAAGUGUCAAGGACAUCAGUGGUCGGAAAUUGUUCUACGUUCACUACAUUGAUUUUAACAAACGUCUGGAUGAAUGGGUGACCCAUGAUCGGCUGGACCUGAAGAAGAUCCAGUUCCCAAAAAAAGAGGCCAAGACCCCCACCAAGAAUGGGCUGCCAGGAUCCAGACCCAGCUCUCCAGAACGUGAUGUGAGGAAGACCUUGGAUCUGUCUCUACAACCAGCCGCAACUCCAUCCAGCGGUAAAACCCUGCCCAUCCCGGUGCAGAUAACCCUCCGUUUUAACCUACCUAAAGAGAGGGAGGCCGUCCCCGGCUCGCCCGACCAACCCCUCUCCUCCAGCUCCUGCGUCCAACCAAACCAUCGUUCAACGAAACGGAAGGUGGAGGUGGUUUCUCCAGCAACGCCUAUCCCUGCUCCAACAGAGACUACGCAGGCAUCCGUGUUUCCCCAGAAUGGUUCUGCCCGCCGAGCAGUGCCAGCCCAGCCAGGCAGGAAGAGGAAGUCCAAUUGCCUCGGCACGGACGAGGUGAGUGCCGGGGCUUCCGACUCUGCCCACCUGCUCUGCCAGGUGUCCCGGGCUGGAAGAAAGCAGCUCUUUUUCGGUUGUGAAAAAUAUCUCCCCACUUGUGAGCAGGACUCGCAGGACAGCUCGGACGGCAUCCCCUCCGCCCCACGCAUGACAGGCAGCUUGGUAUCGGAUCGCAGUCAUGAUGACAUCAUCACGCGCAUGAAAAACAUUGAGUGCAUUGAGCUUGGCCGACACCGGUUGAAGCCUUGGUACUUCUCACCAUACCCACAGGAACUCACCACCCUGCCUGUCCUCUACCUGUGCGAGUUCUGCCUGAAGUAUGUCAAGAGUCUCAAAUGUCUCCAAAGGCACCUGACAAAAUGUGACCUGCGGCAUCCGCCCGGGAACGAAAUCUACCGCAAGGGGACCAUCUCCUUCUUUGAGAUCGAUGGGCGGAAGAACAAAAGCUAUUCUCAGAAUCUCUGUCUGCUUGCAAAAUGCUUCCUGGACCACAAGACCCUCUACUAUGACACAGACCCUUUUCUCUUUUACGUCAUGACAGAGUAUGACAGCAAGGGCUUCCACAUCGUUGGCUACUUCUCCAAGGAAAAGGAAUCCACAGAGGACUACAAUGUUGCCUGUAUCCUGACUUUGCCCCCCUACCAGAGACGAGGCUACGGCAAAUUGCUGAUUGAAUUCAGCUAUGAGUUAUCCAAGGUGGAAGGGAAGACGGGAACACCAGAAAAGCCCUUGUCAGACUUGGGGCUCUUGUCUUACCGGAGCUACUGGUCCCAGACCAUUCUCGAAAUCCUCAUGAAUCUCAAAUCAGAGACUGGGGAGCGUCCACAGAUCACUAUCAAUGAAAUCAGUGAAAUCACAAGCAUCAAGAAGGAAGAUGUAAUUUCUACAUUACAGUACCUCAACCUUAUCAACUACUACAAGGGCCAGUAUAUCCUAACACUUUCAGAGGACAUAGUGGAUGGACACGAGCGUGCCAUGUUGAAGCGGAUCCUGCGGAUCGACUCCAAGUGUCUGCACUUCACCCCCAAAGACUGGAGCAAGAGGGGAAAGUGGUGAGAGUGGAGUCUGACCACUCAAAGUGAAGAGUGACUUUUGGCAGAUCCUCCCGUGCCGGGACAAUAAGGGCCAGGGCAGAAUGCUCAAGCACUCCUUCAGAGACAUUUUUCUGCCAGCCCUGAACCACAGGCAGUGCUGACCAGACCCAGCUGCUCUUGCCUGCCCGUUUGUAUAUGAUUGUAUAGCUCAGUUUUGUACAGAAAUUCUGAAAGCACAGAACAGUGUAUCCUCCCUCCCUCCACCCUUCCACUCUUCCUAUGCUGUUACUUGAUGGAACGGCGAUUUUCUUGCGAAGUGCCAGUGACUGAACUUUGAAUCCUGCUUCAGGAGAAAAAAAAGAUUCUUAACAGGCUACUUUCCUAUAAUGCACUGCAGUGGAGCUGCUGCCGCUGCCACCAUUUUUCCAGACAGAACUACGCUGCAGCUCCCAGGUAAAAAAACUGUUCUGCUUUGGCACAGGACCUGAAGGUGAACAGCGAGGGCUGCUCUUGCUCCGUGAGCCUCGAAGGCAGAAGCAGCCUGCUGAGACCUUGUUGUAGCACAGCUCUGCGAGUAAGUUUUUGGGGAAAAGCCUCCGCCUUCCACUGCUCUAAAGAAGGAGCAUCUACAGCAAUGGAGCACCUCUUGGCUGAGGAAAAGGGUUCCUCCGUCACGUCAGCCCAAAACUUCUGUGAAGCAGAGGUGGGAGAGUUCAGAGGGGGACCCCAUCCAGCUCCUG